AUGGAACGUAUGGAGGUAGACGAUUCGGCCGUGGUCGAUCUGAGCCUCGGUUCUGGCCGCUCUUCGAUCACGAUAACACCGGCUACAGCGCGCGAUUUGCGUGCCCUGGCGAAAAACUCCGGGCUCACCAUCACCCCUGCCCUGCCACCCGUGUCCUCCUCACACGGAAGCAUCAAUCCCGGCAAUGGUGGUGGGGGCGGAGGUAGCGCUCUCAGUCCCAAUGCACCUACAGCAAGCAGUGGUGGGGGAGGAGGAGGUGGAGGUGUUACUAGUGGUGGUGGUGGUGGUGGUGGUGGCUGUAGUACAGGUGUAGGUGUCAGUGGUGAAAGUGGCAGUACAUCACCCAUCCCCGGUCGGCGGGUCCUGCGACCCCGCACGGAAGUGAAAUCGUACGCGGAAGUGCCCGAUAUAGUGCUGCUGCCGGCCAAAGUGAACGGUCGGUCACAGAAUGGAAGUGGUGGCGGUGGCAGUGUCACCGCCGGACUGUCAGAAUCCGAAGAUGAGGAGAUGCCACCGGUGUACCCGAUCAAGGAGCUGACGGCGGCCGAAAUCUGCGAACGGGAGCGCGGCCUGCGCAAACUGCGCGAGGAACUUCGCAGCGAGGAAACGAAGCUGGUGCUGCUGAAAAAGUUGAAACAAUCGCAGCAGGUCAUGAUGAAGGAAAACCUAAUCGUGACACCGAGCAACACGAACCUGUCCAACCCGCUCGCAUCGAUCCCGGCCGCCCUAACGAAGGGUUCGCUCAGCGUCACGCCAACCAAUGCGGUGCCACUGCCAGCCCAUUCGAAGUCUUCUUCCUCGUCCAAACCCAUCUCCAAUCCGGUGAACAAUCGAGGAUCACCGCUGAAUAUCACCCCGGUACCGAAGGUAUCGCUUUCGCAAAGACCAUCCUUGCCGGGUGGUGCGACACUCACACCCAGCAGUCCCGGACAGCGGUUACCGAUUGGGUUGAGCCGAGCCGCAUCCAACCUCAUCAUCACGCCGUCGGUAACGAUCACACCGACCAAUGCGCCCACCGCGGCUAUGAAGCAGCGCAAUAGCCAGAAUCUUGGGCAGCUGAGUAGCUCGGUAUCCAUCACACCAACACCUCCAAUACCGGCCCAAAUAAGCUGUACGACCGUGGAACCGGUAUCGCUGAAGCGCGAUCGUGACCAAUCUACCCGAGAGGAUCCACAAAGCCAAGCUCAAAGGCAAGCGUCCGCGAAAUUGGCACUGCGCAAGCAGUUAGAGAAAACCUUGCUCCAGAUUCCACCACCGAAACCACCCCCACCGGAGAUGCACUUUGUGCCGAACCCGAGCAAUAUCGAGUUCGUGUAUCUGCUCGGGCUCGAGCACGUGGUGGACUAUCUGACGAAGGACAAAAAACCGAACCCACCGCAGCAACCGUACCGGUGUGCGCAGUGCAAGAUCGACUUUACGCCCGUCUGGAAAUGGGAAAAACAGGGUAAAAGAGGAAAUCCCACUUUUCAGAACAGUCCAGUUGGCAAGGAUCCUAAAGUUAUUUGCGAGCAGUGCGUGACAAGCAACGUGAAGAAGGCACUCAAGGCGGAACACACGAACCGUCUCAAGACCGCCUUCGUGAAAGCAUUGCAACAGGAGCAGGAAAUUGAAGCCCGACUCGCUGCCCAGAGCAGCCCCUCGCCGGUCGAAAUCCAUCCCACGCCCUCGUCCACCCCCGGGUUGCGUGAGCAGCGAGAGUUGCGCGAACUGGAACAAGCCCAACAGCAGGCCCAAGCGCAACAGGCAGCACUGCAGCAUCUGCAGCAGCAGCAACAACAACAGCAGGCGGCUGCAGCGGCAGCCGCAGCAGCAGCCGCUGCCGCCCAGCAGGAGCGGCAGGAGCGACAACAGCGUCAAAAGGAGCAACAGGAGCAAUUGCGUCAGCAGCAAGCUCAGCUGCAGCAGCUGCAGCAACAGCAGCUCCAGCAGCAGCAACAGCAACAGCUUCAGCAGCAGCUUCAACAGCAACAGCUACAGCAACUGCAGGAACAGCAGCAGCAGCAGCAACAGCAGAGUCGCCAUCACCAUCUCCAUCAGCUGCACGCGGCCCAUCUGCAGUCGCAGGCACCGUCAAAAUCGAAAACUCCUACACCGACGCCGCGGCCCACGCCGACACCACCGAACCAGCAUCAAACACCGCCACCUGCGUCCAGUUCCCGUUCCAGCAGACACAGUGCAACGGCAAACGCAACAGUCGAAGCCCAGCUUACCGCACUGGCCGGGCUCGGUGGUCUGGGACAGCUCGGUGCACUCGGCAACUUUGGCAGCCUGGGCAAUUUGGCCAAUCUCAGCAACUCCACGGCAGCUGCCGCCGCCGUACAGGCACUACAUCAGCAGCUUUUCCGAGCAGGACUUCAACAAAAUCUUCAGACUGGUAAUCUAAACAUGAACAGCCUACAGGCGCAAAUGAUGCAAUUUUCGCCUCUACUAUACUCCUAUCAACUGGCGAUGGCACAAGCAGCUGCAUCACUAUCGGCAGCCGGCAAAGGUACAUCGCUCGCCGAAAUGCAGCGUGCGUUGGAGUUGCAGCGCCAAUAUCAAGAGAUGCUAUCGCAGUCCAACCCUGGACCGAGUAACAGUAGACAGAACAACUGGAAAUCUUAA